GUCAAUAAGAGGCAGUAGCAGCAGAGACAGCGGCUGCGACAGCACUCCAGUCCAUAGCUUGCAGCAGCCGGGUCCCAUCCUUGCAACCACCAUGGACGUCUUCAAGAAAGGCUUCUCUAUUGCCAAGGAAGGCGUUGUGGGUGCUGUAGAGAAGACCAAGCAGGGAGUGACGGAGGCAGCUGAGAAGACCAAGGAGGGGGUUAUGUAUGUGGGCACCAAAACCAAGGAGAAUGUGGUACAAAGUGUCACCUCAGUGGCCGAGAAGACCAAGGAGCAGGCCAAUGCCGUGAGUGAAGCUGUAGUCAGCAGUGUCAACACAGUGGCCAACAAGACUGUGGAGGAGGCUGAAAACAUCGUGGUCACCACCGGGGUGGUGCGCAAGGAGGACUUGGAACCCCCUGCACAGGACCAGGAGGCCAAAGAGCAAGAGGAGGAUGAAGAGGCCAAGAGUGGAGGAGACUAGAAGGCUGCCAGCCAACCAGAGAGGCUCAAGGGACACCCCUCUGCCUUGGACCCUGUCUCAACCUGGCACACUGAGUGCCCUGCCUAGAGUGCCCUGCAGGUUGCCCACGUUCUCUGUCCCUAGCCCAGUGCCACAAGUCCAUGCACGCUACUGCCAGCGCCAGCGCCAGCGCCCCCUGCUGGCUCCUUUUACCCUAUGAUCCUUCUGAUCACCAAUCAAAUGCUGCUGUGAAUUUUUUUUUUUUAAUGAUUCCAAAUAAAACCUGAGCCCCACUCCCA